UUUUUUAACUAUCCACCAGGUGAACUUGCUAUAGCUUCUGGCUCCAAACAAGAUGUUGCUUCGCCGAAUGCUUCUGCUAUCACCCAGGAGAAAGAAUCCAUUAGCUCUGACAUACACAUGAUACAUGGAUUCAUUGAGAUUGAGAGGAUGGCUGAAUGCGUUAAACUGCCCAAGAGCAUUGUGGAUAAGUCCUGGGACCUGUAUAAACAGGUACAAGAGAGCAAACAAUUGAAAACUUUUACAAACGACGCCAUCGCGACGGCGUGUCUAUACAUAGCUGCUCGUCUUGAAAAAUCGGGGCUUUCAUUCAAAUACAUCCGUCACGCCAGCAAAUGCAGCAAGAAAGCGAUAGGCAAAUGUUUCAUAAGCAUCCUGAAACUUCUAAAUAUCACACUGGAACCUGUGUAUAAGGACCCGUUCGUGCAUACUCUCUGCAGUGAUUUGGAUUUGCCUACACAUGUUAUGCGCAUGUCGCAUCACAUCGUGCUCGGGGCUGAGGCGAUGAAAAUCGUGCCUCAGUGCGAUCGCCAGGCAAUUAUUGCGGCGGCCAUUUUUAUGGCUUCUCAGGUGUCAAACGAUAAGCGAACCCAGAAAGACGUCGAGAACAUCUCCGGCGUGGCAGGUGAUGCCAUCUGGGAAGCAUACAGGCUCAUGUACCCGCAUGCGGCCGCGCUUAUCCCCUCUAAUACCGAGCUGUCUGCAUCUAUCGAGUCUCUACCACGAAUUUAGGUGGUACCUACACCACAGAUUAGGUAUACGAGUAGGUAGUUGUUACGACCUACACGUCAGGCCAAGUAUGGAAGAGUUACAGUUUUAGGCGAUAAUUUCU